UGCAGAUGCAGGAGGCCGACCACUGCUUUGAAUGCGAGACUUGUGACCGCUUCUUCAAGAGCAAAGGUGCUGUCGAACAGCACAUGAGAGAUCUCGGCCACUGGGCUGAUUAUGCAUCGGCUUCAUCGGAAGAGUCCACCUACUAUUGCGAUUUCGGCUAUUGUAACGAGGAACUUGACACUCUGGAUGAUCUGAAGAAUCAUGAGAUCAACGAUCAUCUCUUUUGUGACUCGUGUGAUCGGUCAUUUAAAGACUUAAACAGCAUCAAGAUGCAUUUCCGAAGUAGAGUACACCAAGGAGAAAGUCAGCCCUGCCCCUUCUGUAGCCAUCUAUACGUAACUGCAGCGGGUGUCUUCCAGCAUCUUGAGAAUAACGGUUGUCCCAAAGCUCCUUUAAACAGGAUGAUGGUUUACGAAGCAGUUAAAAAGCGGGAUCCCAACGGCUCACUGACCAUGAAACUGCUCGACUGGUCCCAGCCCGACGGUUUCGAGGCCACGGAAAGAUCCUGGAAUGCAACCACGAGGACUUUCGAUUGCUCCCUCUGCUGUUCUCGUUUCGAGAGGCUCCAGUCUCUUAAUCAGCAUCUUCAGUCGCCAAAACACUCCCAAAAGUUGUACCAUUGUCCAAAAAAGGGAUGUGAUAAGAAAUUCAGUAUGCUUGCUGCCGUUACCAAUCAUCUGGAAAGUGAGCAAUGCAAUUUCAUGUGCUUUAAGGAUGUUCAAAAGGCUGCAAGUCAAAUUUUCGACCCCGGUCGCAUGAUUGCUUUUUAG